AUGGAAGGAAACAAUCCCUUCGAAAAGUCCCAAACUGUUCAUCCAGAAGUCAGGGCCUAUGUCUACAGCCUGGUCAACGCACUUGGUGGUUCCAGCACCGACGAUAAUGGACGCUACAUCUUAGGUGAUGAUGCACUGGCUUGUCUGCGUGAUCUGAAGAGAUGGUUAAAGUUAUACGAUGAGAAGAACAAUCGAUUGGAUGUUGCGAGAUGUUUGGCGGAGGCGAAGCUGGUGGGAGGAGAUCUGGUACCCAUUCUCGCGUCCUGGCCUGAAGAUGGUAAAGAGAACAGAGUCAAAGCAAGAGUUGCGCUUGCUUGUCUGGAAGUUCUCGUGCCAUUGACAUGGCCAUUGGAAAUUGGAGGAGAGAUGACACUCAACCACCACAGACAUACCCCCUACCUCCAGCAAUCCCAGGUGCUCUAUAAGGCAGCCGUACUCGGAUGUGAUACGAGCAGUAUCCUGCGCCAGGUGGUACGAAUCGGUUUACCUGCAGUUGCCGCAGCAAAAGAUGCAAGAACAAGCCGAGAGGAAGGCAUUCUCAAGCUAAUGCUGUACUUCUUUCGAAACAUUGCUAUCAUUCAACAGGUGCCUAAUCUACCAAGCCAGGGCCUGGAUUCCGAAGUAUCGAGAUCAGCGACCAUCGACGCUUUCCGAGAUCAAGACGUUUUUGCACUGCUACUCACGAUCAGCUCGAAUAUGGGCGAAGACUUCAAUCUACAAGAUGUUAUUGUACUGGACAUUAUCUUCAACCUGAUUAAAGGCGUCGAACCAAAGAAGUUAUGGAUGACCGAGGACCAGACAAAAAGACAUGGUUUUUCCGAGUUGAGCGCAGCGCUUGCCAACGAGGCUGCGACGACUCAUGAAGCCAGGAAGAAUGAAUCAACUCGACACGGGCGGUUUGGUACUAUGCUUUGGGUGAAGCGACAGGGUCAGAACAUGGUUGCAGUUUCCGGCCAAGACAACCUCAAGGAUGACGACAAAGCAUUCUUCAAUAUGGACAAAUCCAAGAAGUGGAACAAGCCUCAGCAGAGACGUAGAGAUCUCGAUCACACUAUCCACGACUUCGAUCGCUCCACUCGGCUCACCGUAUCAGCCACCGAGAAAUUAAGAAAUUUUGUUGAAGAGUUCCUUGACUCCGGCUUCAACCCACUGUUCACCCAUCUCCGCAAGGCCAUUGAGCGGGAAGCCGAACGCCUGACUGAUGUCAACUACAGACAAUUCUUCUACGUGGUAGCUUGGUUCCUCGAAGCUGAAAGAGCACGAAGGGAGACGCAGAAGAAAGAGCUCAAGCCAACCAAGGUCCGUUCCGAUUUUGAAGACGAAAGCUACUCACUCGUGGCGGCCGUUUUGAAUCAAGAAACGUUCAUCAUGCUCAAUCGAUUUAUGCAAGUCUCAGUGGAUAACAAAGAGUGGCAGGACCUGAAUGCAUCAAUGCGAUGCUUUACUCAGAUCUUACUAACUGUCCAAGAAAUGGCACAGAGCUCUCUCGAAGACGAUCAGGAGAUUGCAGACAACAUCCAGAACCGCAUAUUCUACGAAGAAACAACACAUGACAGGGUAACAAAUAUUCUAAAGGGCUACAAAGACCAAGGCUUCGGCUAUCUCGAUGCCUGUACCGAGCUAUCCCACGUCUUUCUGCGCAUGCUUGAGCGUUACUCGAAAGAAAAUGUCGACUUACAAAUACGCUCGCGGAGAAAAGCCAAAAAGAAACGCCAGGAAGCCGCCAAACAAGCAGUAGCCAAUGAAGAGAAACCUGCAGAGGAUGAGGAUGAAGAGUCCGAGAACGAGGACAUUGCGGAUGUAGUCCAAGUCUCCAAAGAACGCAAAUUUGAUUUUAAUCGCUUUGCGGCGAAGUUUUCGACCCAAGCGUCAGUUGAUACUUUUGUGUCUUUGCUCAAGUUCUAUCGAGAUUUAUCAUCCGAACAACUCAAGCGAGCGCAUCGAUUUUUCCAUCGAGUUGCCUUCAAGCAGGACCUGGCAGUGCUGUUGUACCGAGUUGACAUUGUGGCACUUUUCUACAAGAUGAUCAAUGGUCCCGAGGGCAUGGACACAAAGAACCCGCUUUACAAGGAAUGGUCAGAGUUCACUCGCCAAGUUUUCAAAAAGAUGUUCAAGAAGAUUGAGCAGAGGCCAGAGUUAAUCGUUGAACUUUUGUUCAGCAAGAUCAAUUCCACCUUGUACUACCUUGAGUUUGGACAAGAGAAGCAGACCAUUGCUGCGACUCGCACUCCGGCUGAGCUCGAACUUCGCCCAGCACCAGGCAGAGACAUUAAUGAACAGAUUGGCAUUGUUGUUACAAUACUACUCAAGGAUGACAAGGGAAACUUGGUGCAUUGGGUGAAAAACAUGCUCGGUAAAGGAUCGGAUGAGAGGCAUGGUUGGGAAGCCGAAGCAGAAUCACGCCGAGCCAUUGCUCGUGAGGCUGCCGAGCAAAACGGUGAGGCUGCAGCUCCAGAAAUUGAAGUCGGCCAGCCCAACCAUAUUACAGUUUGGCCCACCUCAGACGAUAUCAGGACGGCUAUGUUCAAAAAUGCUCGGCUGAAACUAUUGAUGACUUUAGUCGGCUUCGAAUUACUUGGUGAAGAAGAUGCUCUUGGAGCGCCAUGGAUUAUACCAGGCAGCUUAUCGUCGGAGAGUCUUACCAUAUUCAAGUCCGUGAUCGAGCAGUACGAGCAAACGUCUUGGCAGAGUGAUGUUCCAGAUGAGGAUCCAGAAGACCUUCUCCGCCGUAGCAGGAACAAAGCCAAGAACCAGAACGGCGACGCGGACGAGGAUGAGGAGCCACAACAUGCCGGUUUCUUGGAUGAUUCCGAGGGUGAAGAGGAAUUCAUGUUCCCUGACAAUCCAAGAAAGAAGAGAAUGAAGAAUGUUCUAGAUGAGCUGAAAGCACAGCGGCGGAAGCGGAAGCGCGGCAACGAUAAUGAAGGUGAAGAGGUGGACGAGGAAGCAGCUGCCCGAAGGAGAGCCGCAAGAGAAGCUGCCCUUCGAGAUAGAAGACGAAAGAUCAAAAGUGAGGCCUAUAUCAGGGACAGCGAUGACGAAUCCGAUGAGGAGAGAGACCGCCUCUUCUUCGAGAAAGAGGACCAAUUGCGACAAAAGCAAGAGGAUUACAUCCAAAAGCAGAUAACGUUAGGCGGCAACAAACCAACGAAAGACACAGAUAAAUCGAAGAAGAAGAGAAAAUCGGCGCCAGCGACUCAACCAACUGGGUUCGACGAUGAGGAUGACGAUCUCCUCAUGCGUGGUUUCGACGAUCCUCCUAAUGAUACUGCCUCUUCACAACCUCGACCGAUAUCGACGUCUGAUGAAGAGUCGGAAGAAGAAGACGAAAGCACGCCCAUGUCUUCCCAGAUCUCAGCGACGGGUAAGAAGGUGCAAAGUAUAGACGGUGUACUCAGACCAGUGUCGCAGGGUAGAAGCCUACCAGCAGCAUCGUUAAUGGAUUUACUGGAUGACUCAGAUCCGGAAGAUGAGAAUGAUGCUGGGAAGGACAUUACGCCUGUGGCGCGAUGGCGCCAGAUGAGGGCUGGAUUUAUAGUCGAUAGCAGUGACGACGAUGACGAAUAA